AUGUCUAUUGUUUUAGAUACCCCUUCAUGUCGCUACAACUGCGGCUCUUGGCAGGGAAACUGCUCCUGUUACAGCUCCUGUGAGCGUGAUGGGAACUGUUGCAGGGAUUACCACGGAACGAGCUGUGGAGGAAAUCUUUUUGGCUCUGGCUCCUUCUCCAGCCCCAACUACCCUUACUACUAUGAAGACAACUCUUAUUGUGUCUGGCAGAUUGAGACUUCCUCUGAACAAAACCUCUAUCUGACAUUUACAUAUCUGCAACUGGAUAACUGCUGUUCUUGUGACUACAUCUCAGUCUACGAUGGUCCAUCUGUCGGGUCUCCGUUCUUGGGAAAAGUUUGCAAUGACAGUCAGACCUCUUUCCACUCCUCGUCCAACUAUCUGACAGUGCUGUUCCGGUCUGAUAGCUCCGUGGUAGGACGCGGCUUUAACGCAGAGUUUACUAGCUCACUGACGACUGGCCUUGGUCGCGUGGACUGCUCCUCAGACAACAUGAAUAUCGUGGUUUCCAGGAGCUACCUCAACUCGCUCGGCAUCGACAGCCACAAUCUGUAUCUGAACGACCAAUACUGCAAACCUACCAUUUCCUAUUACAAUGUGGUUUUCAAUUUUCCCCUCAAUAUGUGUGGGACAGUCCGGAAGUUUGACAAUGGGAGGAUUGUCUACACCAAUGCCCUCCGUGCCUUUCCCUCUUACUAUGGGGAAAUUACUCGUCAGUCUCUGUUCAGGCUGAAUGUGAGCUGUCGUAUGGAGCAGGACUCUGUUUCUCAGAUCAUUUAUGAAGUCAAACACCACGACAACGUCAGCAUCUCAGGAUCAGGACGAUUCAACACCUCAAUGUCCUUCUACACGUCCAGCAACUUCUACUACCCGGUUACACAAGUGCCAUAUCAAGUGAGGCUCAACCAGGACCUGUUUGUUGGAGUGAAGCUGAGGCGUGGAGAUGACCAACUGGUGGUCGCUCUGGACACUUGUGUAACGUCGCCCUCACCACACGAUUUUCAGACCAGAUCCUAUGACUUGAUCCGCAACAGGUGCCCUGUGGACCCCACCUUCCACUUGUACUCCUCUGGCACCGAUCCUUAUGCACGGUUCAAAUUCAAGGCCUUCCAGUUCCUGCGCGCCACAGAACAUGUGUACCUUCAGUGUAAGGUGCUCAUCUGCCCAAGCUCCACCCAGAACUCCCGCUGUCGCCGCCGCUGCAGCCGGAGAGUGGCCCGAGAGCUGAGCUCUGAGCACGACACCGAGACUGUGGUCCUGGGACCCAUCCAGCUGCAACAAGAACCAGAGACCAAGGAUGAAGAGGCGCUGCAGGAUACUCAGGGUUAA